AACAAACUUCCUCCGGUGUUGCUGGUAAAACCACCUCCUUGACCAUAACUUGUCCACCGCAAUUGAGAGUCCAACGGGCACCAUUCGGCUCUCUCGAAAAGAACACGUCAGUCAGCUCUGGAACCCGCAUCCCAAAGGGGAUAUUCCUGCGGCCUAGCUCUUCGAACUGGAUCACGUUGCGCGCCACCCACGCCCGCACCUGAAGGUUUCCAGAGCCCACUCCUCGCACUCAGCUCGGGAUCCCGCCGGACGGUUCGCUUUUGCUGUAAUCAGAUUCGAUUGAUCAUUUCCUCGAGAUUCAGUUGUCCGCAGGCAGCUGCUCCUCCUCGGAUUCACUGCCUCACCGCUCUUCAACCGCGGCGCCUUCUUCACGGAUCCACGGCGACUACGCUCGCCAGAGCAUGGCCAGUCACUCUGGUAGUGGAGGGAUCUCGCUGGCUCCUACACCCACUCACCCUCACAUCAUGUCCCGAGAGCCCAGCAAGGAGGACAUCGAACUGGCCAGAAACCUCAGCUUACUGAACAACCCGCAAGACCAGCGUACGUCAAGAAGCGAACCGAUGGAACAGCAACACGGUCAACAGAAGCCCGCGCAAGAACAGGGCUCAGAGAUCUACCAUUCACUCGAGGAUGCUGUUCCUUUGGAAAAGGGCUCUCAGCCGGAGCAACAUGCGACACCAGUCUCCACAGCCACCAUAGCGCAUCGCCCCGCAACAGGAGCAGCUGGACCCUUCACCCAAGUGUGCAGCAAUUGUGGAACUACCAGGACACCCCUAUGGCGGAGAUCGCCCACCGGAGAGACCAUCUGCAACGCAUGCGGCUUGUACCAGAAGGCGCGGAAUCAGGCGCGGCCAGUCAACAUGAAGCGUGUGGCGCAACCCUCACCUGCUGUAGCUCCCCUGCCCAGCCCAGCACCAGAUCACAGUGACCGAAGCGUCUCACCAGCCGGGCAGGUCGGUGGAUCAGCACGGGGCGCUACCUAUGUCGCCGCAGAUCAAGAUUCAAGUGGUACUUGCCCUGGAGGCGGUAGGUGUAAUGGCACUGGAGGUCAAUUAUGCUGCAAUGGGUGCCCGGCUUACAACAACCGUGUUUCCAAGACGGCUCAGUUCGGUGGUGUAGGGGAAGCUCAUGGCCAUGCUGCCUCUGGACGUGGGGCUACCGCAGCUACAGGUACCAGCGUUGUGCCAGCCUGCCAGAAUUGUGGGACUACGGUCACACCGUUAUGGCGAAGGGAUGAGGAAGGGCGGACCAUUUGCAACGCUUGUGGCCUGUACCAUAAACUGCACGGACGACCGCGACCUGUCCUCAUGAAGAAGCAGGAAAUCAAACGUCGGAAGCGAGUCGCCCCCGCUGGUCCUGAGCACGCUUCACCACCUACUACACCUGCCGCAGGUCACCCAGCUCCCGCAUGGUCUCAACAGCCAGUCUCCCCGGCGCCUUCGAGCGUCCUUCCAAGCCGCGAACACCCUGCAGAGUCACAAGCGAUAAGAGCUCCGCCUGCCAUCGACUUCACCAAUUUCUACAAGAAUGCUUCCGCCGCUCCUGUACCGCAAGGCCCACCUACACCGCCUUCAGGCCCUCAGGGCGUGUCUCGAAAGCGCAGUCUGAGCGUUGUCGAAGGCAACGAAGCGUCCGAACCGUCUCCGGCGCCCGCACACCAUCGACCCCACGACAUUUCCUCCUUGUUGAAUCCGGCAAGACCGCAGGACUCGAAUAUUGAUCCGGCGCUGUCCAGCAUGGAUGGACGGCCGCGAGCCAGCCCUGUGUCAAUGGACGAGAAACUGGCAAGGAAAGAGAAGCUUAGACGGGAGGCGGAAGCCAUGAGAGAAGAGUUGGCCAGAAAGGAGAGGGAGCUGCUUGAGUUGGAAGGGUAGAGGUUGAGCUCCACGGAGGGAGGGGGACAAUGCGAGGAUAUGCAGGCAUGGCAUGCAUACGACUGUCGUCAACGAAGACAUGAUCUGGGAGCGUGGCGCUUCGGAAAAUGAAUGGAGGAAAUAAUUGGGAAAGCAUAUGCGCUGGGCUGGAGUUGACCUUUUUUUUUUAUUUUGGCUUUGCACAUCAUAGCGCGGCGUCGGGGUGUGGUUCUAGGUUUGGGGUUAUGGAGAUUAUUCCCCUCUGUCGGACAGGGUGCGCUUGCGCUACUGUUGGCUGCAGUGCGCGGGAAAGAGGACGUUCAUUGCUGGAUCCAGCCAGCUGAAAGAGGCAAAAGGAAAAGACGAAGUUACCCCUCGCCUUUGGGAUAUCUAAUUUUCUAGGAGUGUACUUGUAUUCAACAACAUUGCUUCGUCCAAGGCCCAUUUAUGCGUCCGUUC